UAAAUGCUAUGUCAUUUGUCAUCAAGAUUCAAGCCGCUAGUUUUGCAAAUAAUCCUCGUAUUUUAAAGUUUAUUCGAGAAGAUGUCGAAUAUUAACUUACAGUGUUUACUGGGAAUCCAGUGCAAUGAUUUCGUCAUGAUUGCGGCCGAUCAGACCACAAGCCACAGUAUUAUGGUCAUGAAAGAUGAUGAAGACAAGAUUUAUAAAAUAUCCGAUAGGCUGGUGAUGGGAAUUAUAGGCGACUUAGGCGAUACGACACAGUUUGCAGAGUAUAUCGCCAAGAAUAUUCAAUUGUAUAAAAUGCGCAACGGCUACGAGCUAGGACCUUCCGCGGCCGCCAACUUUACUCGUCGCAACCUCGCUGAGUAUCUGAGAAGCAGUUCUCCUUACUUUGUGAACUUAUUAAUGGGUGGUUAUGACAAGGAGAAUGGUCCUGAACUUUAUUUUAUGGAUUACCUUGCAUCCAGUGUUAAAGUGCCGUUCUGUGCUCACGGCUUUGGAGGUUACUUGAGUUUAAGUAUCAUGGAUCGUUAUCACAAAAAAGAUGCAACAGAGGAGGAGGCAUAUGAAAUUCUCAAGAAGUGUGUUCAAGAAGUCCACAGACGCUUGUUUGUCAGCCUCCCCAAUUUCCAAGUGACAGUUGUAAACAGGGAUGGCAUUAAAGCUAUGCCAGUCAUCAAUUCUGCAUCCCUCAAGUGAUUUUUUAUUGUAAGAUUAAAUAACAAAUAAACAUUAAUAUUCUU